AUGGCAGACAUAGUGCAAGCCCGCCUAGCCGCUUUCGAACCAUCCAAGAACGAAAAGCACGACCCGGGCCAAAUCGUAAUCUUCUUCGACAGCCGCAUGUCCACCACCCCCGACAACCAAUUCUCCUACCUCCAGUCCUCACGAAUAGCAAGUCUCCACCGCCUCGGCUGGCCCUCCUUCACCAAACCCGACCUCGACCCCGGCAUGAUCCGGCUGGUCUGGUACACGCACGUCGGCAACGAAGGCCAGCGCGAUUACCCGCUCUACCGCGCCUACGCCGUCAAAGACAUGUUCGACUCCCUCUCCGAAGCUGGAUUCCGGCCGAUGGUGCUGGGCUGGUCGGGCGAGAACCCGUUCCCGAUGAUUGGAGGUUCUGAGCCCCCGGCUGAGCCGAAGAAGCCGAAGGUUCAGGUGGCGACGACGUGGAGUGGGAAGGCGGUGGGGCAUGGGAAGGAUGCGGGGACGCCGCAUGAUCGGGUCAUGGCGAUUAUUUCGGAUCAGGAGAGGAGGGAGGCGAAGGUGAGGGAGAAGGAGGUGAUAGAUUCGGCGGGGCCGAAGGAGAAGAGUGGGUUGGGGGUGCAGAGUCCGGUGUAA